UCGACGGACACGCGCGCGCCAGCUUCCGUUCCGUAUCUGUACGCUUCGCAAGCACGUGUUCCCCCUUUUCUCUUGUCUGGAUUACUAUUUUCAGCUGUCGAAAUCUCCACAUCUUUCACGCACGUUGAACAGCCACAUACGAGUAUUGUGCUUUCUUUGUCUUUCGUACUGUGCGUAGUGCUCGGAGGAAAAGAGAUUUUUUUGACGUGUUGCAACGUUUAUUAAAGUUGAGUGAUUAAGCGACAAGCUCUUUUCGUUCCUUUUCUUUUUAGUAAUAAGUCAUUUUCUUAGUGCCAGUUGUACAAGUGCUUAUUCGAGCGUGCAUUUACAUGCAUUUCAGAGAGAUAAAUGAAAAUCAUUUAUCCGUCCAACGAAACAGAUAACAACGCUUGGUGCGCAUUACAGCGACGACGACGACGACUCGCCAAAGUAGUAGACAAGUCGAUGAAAGAUGCAGCAAAAGCUGACGGCGAUGACGAUCGUUGAAUCUUCCGACCGAUUAAAAUCAUCAACUACGGGACAACCAGUGACGAUCGCGCUCGUGUUAAAAUGUUGCCGUUGCGUGAGAGAUUCAUCGUAGAAGAAGGGAACGAACGAUAUGCCCGGGAUCGUCGUGUUCCGCAGACGAUGGAGCGUCGGCAGCGACGAUCUUGUUGUACCUGGCGCUUUCCUCUUCGUUCUGCAUCUGAUAUGUUUUGUUGAAAUUGGGGCAAACUUGGUAAUUUAUGAAUGGGACCGGAGCAUGCAGUGCGUGCUCCUGCUUUGGGAGUACGUAAUCGGUUAUCUCGUCAUCUUCGUAACAUCAAUGGCUGUGGAAUUUGCUAUGUGUCUACUAGCAACUCGUGGCAGUAUUCUCGAUACCGCCGCGCGUGCACCUAUGCAGCAUCUACUCUACAUUAGGCUCUUUUUAUUAAUAGUUGAAGCGGCAUGGCUGAGCGCCGGUGUGACGUGGCUAACAAGGUUUUAUCAGAGUUGUCCUGUGGACCGGGCGAAGGAUGUUAUGUUAGGUCUGGUGAUAUGCAAUUGGUGUGUGCUGGCGUCGGUGCUGGUGACCGUUUGGUGUGUUUAUGACACCGCGGGCAGGUCCUGGGUGAAAAUGAAAAAGUAUCAGCGAAGCAUGCGCGAGGCCGAGACUCGGGGCGACAGAAUGCACUACAAGCGCAGCGGCAGCAAUCGAAAUUGGCGACAACGAAAAGUGUUACGUGCAUAUCAAGACAGCUGGGACAAUAGGUGUAGAAUACUUUUUUGCUGUAUUGGCAAAUCCGACAGAAAUAGGAACUCAUUCGCUGACAUAGCAAGGCUACUCAGUGAUUUCUUUCGCGAUCUGGAUGUUGUACCGUCGGAUGUAGUUGCAGGUCUGGUAUUGCUGCGAAAAUUCCAAAAGAUCGAGCGCGAAUUAAUUGUGAAACAGCGUAAAAACGACACAUACGAGUUUCUAUCGGGAGUGCCAGUGACGUCGCAUACCAAAUUUCUCUCGCUCACCGAGGAUGGUGAUCUACAUCACUUACAGUCGGCCAUUCAUUACAUGCACUUCGCUCUCGCGGCCUACGGCUGGCCGUUAUUUCUUGUCAAUCACUCCACAGGAUGCUGUCAAUUAUGUACCAGGUUGAGAUGUUGCUGCUUUCCAUGCGCGAGACGGAACGACGAUGCGAUAAUCGUAGCUGACAAUUGUUGUCAGUGUAAUUACGCGGCAUUACGUCGUAUGAUUGAGAUCGGCGAUAUUGAAGUUGUUUAUGCUACUUUUCACGUCGACGUUGGUGAGACACCAUUUUUCGUUGCACUGGAUUAUACUAAAAAGAAGGUAGUGGUGAGCAUACGCGGUACAUUGAGCAUGAAGGACGUGAUGACGGAUCUAAAUGCCGAGGCAGAGGUACUGCCACUGUCGCCGCCCCGCGAGGACUGGUUCGGUCAUAAGGGAAUGGUACAAGCGGCCGAGUACAUUAGAAAAAAACUCAGCGAGGAAGCUAUUAUCAAAAAAGCUUUGAUCAAGGAUCCAUCACGAGGUACAAAUGAAUUUGGACUGACAUUGGUGGGUCACUCGUUGGGUGCCGGUACAGCGGCUAUACUGGCGAUCUUGCUCAAACAAGAGUACCCAGAUCUCGUGUGCUUUGCGUAUGCACCACCUGGUGGCCUUUUAAGCGUGCCCGCGCAAGAGUAUAGCCAAGAGUUUAUCACGUCCGUGGUGGUCGGUAAAGAUGUUGUUCCCAGGAUAGGCCUCCGACAAAUGGAAAGUCUCCGAGAGGAUCUCAUUAAUGCUAUUAAGAGGAGCGUCGAUCCCAAGUGGAAGACAAUAACGUGCUCGGUGAUGUGUUGUGGCUGUGGCACAGUACCAACUUCGGCAGCAAAUCUCGAAGCUGGCGGUUGUAUAAGUCAGUACCAACGCGAGAAGGAUCUUGCGCGUUCACAGGGUCACAAGCCACUUUACCCGCCUGGCCGCAUCAUUCACGUGGUCAGACAUCAUCCCAACAAGGGAGAGCAAAAAUAUGAAUCUCGUUGGAGGCAAAUGCUGCGAAAACGUGAGCCAGUAUAUCAAGCAUUAUGGGCAGGUCCAUGUGAUUUUAACGAAGUGCUGAUAAGUCCAGUGAUGAUUCAGGACCAUAUGCCGGAUAACAUGUUGAAAGCGUUAAACAAGGUGUCGGAGCAUCGAGAGAUAAGUGCCCAGUUGAGCUCGAUAGCUGCUGCUGCCGCAGUGGCGGCGACUUCAUCCGAAACGACACGGUCACCAAUGACAACAGCGACGGCUACACUCGACGUCUCGACGCUGCAAGUGACGGUGGCGACGAUGGACGCAACCGCCGACGUCGUAACGACACUGGGCCCAGCGAAGCCACAACGUCUGGCGUCGGGUCGCUUGUCGGCGGAUCAACAGAGCCGGAACAGUAGUAACAGCGCGACACCGACGUAUCCACUCAAUUGCCAAGACUUUCCGGACAUCGAAGUCGAGCAAGAGAUGCGUGCGUUGCUCGCUUCGUCGUCGCCGACAAAGCCGCCACAUCGACUUACAUUGCCAUCGCAUCGUGUGGGUCAAGCUGCUAGCGACGGGCCUACCCCGAAAAGACGCUUGUGCUUAGAGACAAGCUUCACCAGUUUGCAGAGUCCUUUGACGGAUAAUUACCCUCAAAUCGGCCGUGAACUGAGCGUUGACUCGAGAGGAUUACCAUGGGAGUAUGUCAGCAUCGCCAGUGAGAUUCUCGCCUCACCCAUCAAACCUGCUGACCUCAUUAAAGCGUCAUUGCGAGCCUCCGACUGGAGCAACAUAGGUCGUCUCGCGCCAUUAGCAACCCCGGAAACGAUGUCGGAAGCGUCAGGUAGCAGUCCACCAUCGCCAAUACCAGCCUGUCAUCGGCCAAUGAUGAGGCGAACGCCAAAGAUUCCCGGUGGAUUGUCAACCGCGGCCGACGAUCUUAAGAACAAUCUUCACUUUGCCAUGCUAACUGGAAAGAAUUAUUACCGCAAGAACGACAGUAGUAGCAGCAGUAGUAACAGUAAUGCCAACAGCGAAGUUAGUUACGGCAGUGCUAAGAGCUUGGCCCAGGGUCCGCCUCCACCACCGCCAAAGAGACGAGAUUCCGUUCUCGCUAGCAGCCGAGAGCACCGAGUGUGCACGGCAGCUUGUUGCAGGGAUGACUUGUCGGACAACUCGUCUCCGCACGCAACCUCCUUCCAUUCGUCAAAGAUAUCACAUCGAGUGCAGAUUGACUUCACUGCUGAGGAUGAACACAGUCUUGAUUUCUUUAAGAACAAGACCUUGACCGAAGCGAAAGAAAGCGGCAACGACGUGUUACUUAGCGUACGAAGUUCGCCGGAAUGCCGUGGUCUAAUGGCACCAGCGACGGACGCCGGUGCGGAGUGGCGUCGUAACAAGCAAUUGGAAAUUUGUGCAGCAGACGCCUCUUUGCCUCUACUACGUGGUCUGUCACCGACACCACAUCAUCAUCUUCCGACUACUGUACCAGGUAGCUCCAAUUCGCCUUUCUUCAACGCCAAACGCAAGAAAUACAUCUACCCUAUCACCCUCGUCAGUCGAGGUGAAAGUAGUGUUUAGAAAAGUAAUGUUUUCUUUGUUGAAAAUGUGUUUAUGGUCUAUACACAACGCAGUGAGAUGUUUAAUUUAAGAAUUAUUUUUUUUGUGUUAAUUUUGUUUGUGAGAAGAGCAUAAUUCUAUAUGCAAAUUUUUGUGCAAUCUUAGCUAUCUUUUUAAAAAUGUAAUACACGUAAUGUAUCUCCGAUAGUUUGGUAUUAAUGGCUUGAAGAAUACCGAGUAAAAAGAAUGUAACAAACUAUUAUAAGUGACAACAACUGUAUUAUUUUUUCAAAUUUCGUUUCUUUUGUCAGUUACUGUAAAUACGAAAGUGUAAUUAAUAACGAUUUUAAAGAUGAAUAUGAUCAUUAGUAUGUAAUUCCAUAUGUACAAAUCUGUUGAUUGGAUUGUAUAGAAUUUUAGACAUAUAAGGCGAAUAUUUAACAGUCUAGGACAUAAAAAGAAGUCCAGCCAAAAAAACUGAGAUUCUUUACUUUACAAUUACAAAAGUAGUGAUUGUGACACUGUAAAUUUUUUUAAAUUUUUACAGCAAGAAAACUAUUAAAAAAUAUUUUAAACGAUAUAGCAAAUUUUUAAAUAUAUGUCUAAGUAUAGUUUUAAUCUAGCUCUUGUCUAGUAGAAUCUUGUGAAUUUAGUUAUAAUAGAAAAUAAAAUUUAAAUGAUUUAUACUAAAAUAUUUUAGAGAAGAAUCAAUAACCAAUAUAGCAAAAAAUUCAAUCCUUCAAAUGUCAGGAUAUACAAUUUUAUUUUUAUACAAGUCUCGAUUCAUUUUGCUUCAGUAGACAUGAAAAAAUUAUUAUCAUAUUAUAAAUUUUUAUUUAGUGAAGAAAAUAUAUUUACAAGGCUCAUUGUGGUAACAAUUCUGGUAUUUCGAUAAUUUAUUAUUAACGGGACCAUUCGAGUGCAAAUAAUUUCUUAAUCAUAGAUAACAAACCAUUGGUAUGAUAUUGAUACAGUAAUUUAUUUCACUGUAAACACAAUAAUUUGCUAUUUUAAUAUACUUUCUGAAUUUUUAUUAGAUUAGUGUAAACAUUUUAUGAUCAUAGUAUCAUUAAUGAAGAGCUUAAAAUUCUUACAGUCGUUUUUGUGCCUACUGCUAUUUAUUUCUUUUGAUAAACUGUAUUUAAAUCCAAAUUUGUUUGGAAGUAUUAAUAGGUUUUUUUAAGAUUAAUUUCUACAUUAAAUAUUCACGAAUAGUAUCGUAUUGUUCUGAUGAAAAAAAUCAUUCAAAAGCCCUCCAUUCCCAAUUUUUCGAUAUGAGUACUCUAAGAAAGCUAGCUUCAUAGCAUUAUAUUGUAAUUUUUCAUCAAUUAUUUUCAUUAAGCUUCCAGAAGAAACUAUGAUGCUAGCUAAAGAACGUCAUAUGUUAGUUAAACGUACUAGUCUGUAAUGAAAUCAGUUCGAUCGAUUGAAAGCGUGUCUUUCCUAUACAAAUCUAGUCAAUAUCGUUACACGAAAGACAUUGUACUUAUGUAUAAAAUAGAAUUUACGAAAUAAAACUUCGACUCCAAUAUAGACUAAAGAAAAAAAAACAUUAAAAUAUUUAGAAGGAACUAGAGUAAAUUCCGUAUAAAUAGUUCAAUGCGUUAUAUUUAUAGGAUGCACUGGUAGAAACGAAUUGAAAUAUUGUGCCCAGUGGAACGCUUGAAAAAGGUGAUAAUUUUCAAGAAUAAAAAUU